GUGGAGCGGGGAAACUGAUACUCACACAGACCCAAGUAGAAAAUAUAUCUCAGACAACAAUGGUGAAAAGCCCUCGCCUGCCUUUUCCCCACUGAAUCUGAAUCUCGAAGAAGAAGAGGCAAAAGUAGUGACGAACACGAACCCCUAUCAUGCAUUCAACUUCAUUUCAUCGAUUUCAACAACCCCCAAAUUUAUUACUACACAAAUCUCUCCAAACCGAUUCACAUUUCUCUGUCCUCGUUCUAGGUUAUUCAUUUUAGGGAUUCCGACCACUUCUCGAGAUCCUAUUAUUGCCAAAUCGAAUCAAACCUGUUAGAUCUACGCUCCUCCUCCUAGUUCCCCUUGCGCUCCAUUAUUUCAAUCUUAAACUUCGAUACAACAAUGUGGUAGUCACUAGUGAACUUCCUUUCGUGUCGGCUGUAAUAAACUUGCGACUGCGGCGGUGUUGAUAAUGAUUCCGGCGGAGCUACACGGCGGCGGGAUGGAUAAUGGAAUUGAUCCGAGCAAUCUGCACUUGAAGAAGGAAUUGACCCAAAUCCGGAAGGCUGCCCGACUGCUGAAGGACCCCGGCACCUCGUCCACGUGGCGGUCGCCGAUUGGCUCGGCGAGAUCCCUCGCCAAGCACCACCACCACUAUGUGAAGACUGAGGGUAACGCUAACGCCAUUGCCAUGGCUUCUUCUUUCUCUGAAAACCUUAAUUUGCAGGAGGGAACUAAUGAUAACUUUAGUAGUAUUAGUAGUAACGUUGUUGGAGAUCAUAAAGCUUGUAACAAUAAUAACAAUCCUAAGAAUUCGAAGCAGAGGAAAGUGUAUCUCUACAAUUGGAGGAGGAGUGGCCACAUUGACGAUGAUGAUGCCGACGACAAUGGCAAGGCGUCGGGAUCGUCAUCGACUCAAGACGAUAGCCUUGACGCCGCCGUUGGCAAUGAUUCCAAGAGUGAUUCUUGCUUGAGUGAUAUAUACGCCACGGCGAUAUCCAAGUUCACAGGCGCGAGCCUGAGCUUUACGCCGCCGUCAAUUAGGCACGGCAGUGGCGGCGCAGCAAUGAAGAAGAAGGCGAAGAGGAAGACUUACUCUAGCGACAGCCCCCGGGAUUAUAUCGAUAAGUUGCGGCUGCAGGAGCUGUUGCGGCGAUACACGACCAAAAAUGUCGCGGCGGAUGAUUCGCCGAGUUUAAGUUUAAGCAGGCUGAGUUUCGCGGAUCGAUCCGAGGGAACAGAGGAUUGUUUGAAUUCCGAGGAUUUCACAAGAUCGACGACGCUUUCGCCAUUUCUCGCGAGGCUCAAGAACAAGGGAUGGACGCCUACGCCUACGCCUGCGAAGUUGUUGAGUCGUUGCCGGAAAGACGAGAGGUCGCCAGUGCUGUCGAGUAGCUCUUAUAAGCGAUUCAUCGAGUCUUGGGAUGCCACCACCGGAUCAGUCAACGACGACGAUGACAACGAUGUGGAUGAUCGGUUUGAAUCCGCGGGGCGACAAGGAUGUGGAAUUCCAUGUUAUUGGUCGAAGAGGUCGACUCCAAAGUCGCGAAUCGGGAGUUCUUGUUCGCCGUCUCUGUCGGACACUUUAAGGAGGAAAGGAAGCAUCAUUCUUUGUGGAAGCCAGAAAUUGUAUAAGCGAAGACAUUAUCGAUCGUCGCCUUUGAGCUCGAGCAAGAAGCGACAUUGCUACAAGGCCGCAGCCCAAAGCCUUGUCCCCCUUCUCACUAACGGAUCAUCUGUUGGGACAGGGAACAGCGACGAUGAGGUCUCGACAAAUUUAGGGGAGCUCGAUUUAGAAGCUUUGAGUCGAUUGGAUCGAAGAAGGUUGUCGUCAAGUUAUAGGAGCCAAGAUGGUUUGGAGCUCGUCGUGCUGAAUGGCGACGCACUGGAGGAAGGUUCUCUCGAGAAUGCGCGCAGCCUCAGCCACAAGUAUAGGCCGAUGUUUUUCGAGGAGCUGAUCGGGCAGAAUAUUGUCGUGAAAUCGCUUACAAGCGCGGUUUCUAGGAGAAGGAUUGCGCCGGUUUAUCUUUUCCACGGUCCUCGUGGAACGGGGAAGACGUCCGCGGCUAGAGUUUUCGCAGCUGCUUUAAACUGCCGAGCGAGUGAUGAGACGAAGCCCUGUGGAGUCUGCGGCGAAUGUGCGGAUUUUGUGUCCGGGAAGAGUAGUUAUCUUGGAGAAGUCGAUGGCUCGAACAAGAAGGGAAUCGACAUCAUAAAAUACUAUCUGAAAAACAUUUCGAUGUUCCAUUCUGUGGCUGUUUCGCAUUAUAAGGUUUUUAUAGUCGAGGAGUGCCAUUUACUGCCGUCGAAGACAUGGCUGGCGUUGCUCCGACUGCUCGAGAAGCCAAUGCCGCGUAUUGUGUUUGUGCUAAUCACGACUGAUGUCGACAAUGUGCCGCGCGCCGUGGUGUCUCGGUGCCAGAAGCACCUCUUCAAUAAAAUCAGCAACGACGACAUUGCGAACAGGCUAUGGAAGAUUUCGAGCGAUGAGAAGUUUGAGGUCGAAUCGAGCGCGCUGGAGUUGAUCGCGUCAAAUGCAAAUGGUUCGGUAAGGGAGGCGGAGACCAUGUUAGAUCAGCUGAGCUUGUUCGGGAAAAGAAUCACGAAGUCGUUGGUGAACGAGCUCAUUGGGGUUGUUUCGGACGACAAAUUGCUCGAACUUUUGGAGCUAGCCAUGUCGACAAACGCUGCGGAGACAGUGAUAAAAGCCCGAGAAUUGAUGGAUUCCGGCGUCGAUCCAAUCGUUCUAAUGUCUCAGAUGGUGAGCCUUAUCGUCGACAUCAUCGCCGGGACACACCACGAAGGCAACGAAGAUUCCUUUUUUGGCGGGAGAAGUUUAACCGAAAGAGGCGUGGAGAGGCUGAAGCAUGCGCUAACGAUACUCUCCCAGGCCGAGAAGCAUCUAGGCGUUUCGAGCGACCGUUCUACGUGGUUCACGGCGACCCUGUUACAGUUAGGUUCUUUACCGUCGGUAGAUCAAAUGCAGCCGCUACCAAGUUUGAGGGCGACGGAGGAGGAGAAUGGCAGUAUGUCGAGAGAAGCUAUGUUGCAGAAUCUACGAGCUAACGCACGAAUCGAAUCUCCUUCGAAAGGGAAUCCAAUGUCGCUGAGUGACGCUGUUAGAGUUCGUUUGAAUCAUCAAAGCCCGCGUAAAGGAGAAGAAGCAUUGAGAUGCGUCGACUCGAAAAUGUUGGAAAGUAUCUGGCUUCGAUGCAUCGACAAGUGCCAUUCGAAGACUCUCCGACAGUUGCUUCAUUCUUACGGGAAACUCGUCUCUAUAUCCGAAAUCAAAGGUGAAUUCAUAGCCCACAUAGCCUUCAUCGACGGCACGGUGAAAAGUCGAGCUGAAGGCUUCCUCAGCAGCAUCACGAAUUCGUUCGAAACGGUCUUGCAACGCAGCGUCGAGGUGAAAAUGAUUCUUCUAAAGGACGCCUUCUGCUCGAAGAAGAUCGAUACUGCAGAAGAUCGAGAAUGCCAUCAGACGAAGUCUUCAGAGCUCGCGGCGAAAGAUAGCACGUCGGAAAUCCCUCUACGACGGAUCGAGUCGAUCAUUCACGAGCAGAGAUUGGAAACUGCAUGGCUGCAGGCGAUGGAAAAGGGAACCCCGGGAUCGAUGGCUCAUCUGAGGCCGGAAAGGAACCAAAUCCUACCGCAGGACGGCGUCGACAAUGCGAGUCGAUUGGAGACGGUGAAUUCUCGCGACAUGCCGUCGCAGCAUUGGGAAGACGAGCUGAAUCGCGAGAUCAAAGCUCUGAGAGUUAACGACGGAUCAUCGGUUCAAGACGAGCAGAUCGUGAAGACCAUCGAUCACUAUCCGAUUUCCCCGAGCUUACUACACAGCAGCAACACGGCGAGCAAUCUCAAUCUCGCCAAGGAUAACAUGGGAUACGAAUCCGGGUCGGGCGGAGGCGGAGGCGGCUGCGGCGCAAUGUUCUGUUGGAGAAGAAACAGAGUUAGAAAAAGGGGGAGAAAGGUUUGCAAGAACAGGCAGAGGCCAAUACAGCAGCUGUUAUAACUAUGGAAGAAAUGCAAAUUUCAAGCUAUUCGUUUCCGUUUUCUGCUAAUUAAGAUUCUUAUCUGUACGAGGAUUAUGUAAGGGAUGAUAAUGUUAUUACUACAUUUGGGACUUAAUUUUUUUGGGAUGCUUACGCUGUUGAUUUGAAAAAAUUAUAACACAGGUUACAUAUACAAACAACAUAUUAGUAUUCUGUUAGUUAUACGCUGUAUUUAUAUUAUAUUAACGUAUACAAUGUAUUGACUGUAGUAACUGUGUACUAUUUGU